AUGGCGUUCUCGCUGUUCUCUGUCGUCUCUCUGUCGGUCAUCUAUCGGUUGACCAUCAACUUUCCCGAGUUACCGUAUACUCAUGAGCUGAAAAAUGCAGAGUCGGACGAGUUCGUGAACACGUCGCGUGACAUCGUCCACUCGCUUCAGAGCCUUGUGCAUAACCUAGAAGGCAAGCACACCGCCCGAGUCGUUGAUUACAAGUGAGUUUUUGAGUCUGUGGCGAAGAAGAUUUUCGUCAAAAAGUAAAUACGCAUUGUAGAGGAGUAGAAAGUCAAAAAGUAAACAAGACGAAGUAACCGAAAAGCCGCCUAAAGCCUUGACCAUCUAUGUGUGUGUAUGUAGUGUGAUCCGAUUUCAGAUACCAUAAAGUAAUUGGGUCACUUGUCUACGUCGAUUUGUACGCUGAAAAAGAGUCGCCACGUGUGUCCGAUGUCCUUUUGUCCUCCAUCAAAUCAGGAAAGAUCGGGAACCUCACGGUUUCCGAUGAAGGAUUUGAGAUCCAUGUUGUCAGAGGUGUGUUUUGUUGAUCAGCUCAUAUACUCAUGUGAGUUACAGAUUCGGAAGCGUCGUGCUCGACCACAGAGUUCACGUGCCUCGAUAAGACAUGCAUCCCAGCUGACAGACGGUGCGACGGAAGACGUGACUGUCCGGAUGGCUCAGAUGAACACAAGGAUCAUGGCAAGUGCAAGCAGCACCAGCCAAUCAUUCACCAAACCGAAAAGGUUGUUUUUGCUCCGAAGCACGGAUCAAUUCAUCUCUCGGCGGCCAUUGACCAUUCUAUUGGGGAUUCUCAAGUGAGACGACAUUCUGGAAGUGUUGCAGGCAAACCUAGAAUAUUCCAGAUUGCCUGGUCCAAAGACGAUAUUCUGCUGGGAGUUGGAGCAAUGACUCUCACGGAAGACGCCCGUGUGACCGUCUACCAGAAGGGCGAGAAACAUCAUUUGCACAUCAUCAAUGCUACUGAUAGCGAUGAUGGAACUUACAAGAUGAUUGUGCAAGGAAUGAAUGUGGAGGCUGACUUUGAGGUUAGUUAUCUUCCUUUACAUGAGUACUAUCUUUAUCUAGGUCCGCAUCACAUCUGACCACGUGGCCGCUGAAUCGGAAGACUGUCCCAGCGGAGAACGUGCGUGCAAAUCCGGUCAUUGCUUGCCGGUCACUCAGUUCUGCGAUCGUCGUGUUCAGUGUCCGGACGGUGAUGACGAGGAGAAUUGCUCCGGUAAGUGAAUAUUAGUCAUUCUAUUCACAAAACUGUACUACCUCACACACCCUUAUACUAUCAAUUGAUACCUACCAAUAAGCGAUUGCAUUCGAAUUGAUUGUCCCUUUUAGAGGGUCUCUUUUUGGUCCAUGACUCACACAUUGGCAUUUCUCUUUUCUGUGCCCCAAAUCUAAUAAUUUCGGAAGGUGCGCCAUGCCCGAAAGUCUAGCCAAACACAUGUGGGAGCCAGGGAAAACGAAGGAGCACAAGACUGUGCUCGAGAAACAAUAGUUAAAUAUUGACCGGGUUGUUGCCUUCAGGAGGGGGCCUCCAGGGGCACUUGUUGCCAGCUUGUUUUGUUUUUCGCGCGGAGCACAGGCUCAACUUCUCAAGUUCGCGCUCUGUGUGCAAGCCUAUGCCAAUGGCGUGGAUUUUUCAGAAGUGCAAUGCAAAUCGAAUGAGUUCCGAUGCGAGUCCACCAAUGUUUGUGUGCCCACAGUUGUCGUUUGCGACGGAUGGAAAGAUUGCCAUGAUGGUUCCGAUGAGAAGGUCUGAAGAUUCUGAAGAAACGAAUGUGGGAAUUGUGAAUUGUCUCUUUUCAGAAGUGUUCUCAUCACCGCAAAAUCUACAAGCCACAUCACGUCCAUCACGUCAAAGUGAAUGCUCUCUGCCAAGACGGAUCUGAGCCGGAGUUCAGCUUGUGAGUCCUGAAGAAUUUCCAAAUGUUUUUCUGAACUGAUUUUUUUAGGCACGGAUCCAGUUACUGUUGGUCCAACAAAGUGUGCCCGUCUCAGACGGAAUGCGUUCACGGACUGUGUUGCCCAAUUGCUAGUGAGUCUUUGAAAUUUUAUGUACAAAAAAAAGUUAACAAAACAAUCCAGAUGAUUGA